ACAGUUGUAGUGCUGUCAUUAGGAAAACGGUAUAAAAGGCGUGUUAGGACUUAUUUUUUUAAUUAACAAUGGAACAAUACGAUGUUAUAUUAAACCAACCGGUCGUCAUAGAUAAUGGAACUGGCGUUAUCAAAGCGGGAUUCGCUGGCGAUCAGAUCCCGAAAUGCCGAUUCGCCAACUACGUCGGUCGGCCCAAACAUGUACGCGUUAUGGCCGGUGCGCUGGAAGGUCACAUAUUCAUCGGACCGAAGGCGGAGGAGCAUCGCGGCCUCCUCUCCAUCAAGUACCCCAUGGAACACGGCAUAGUGAACGACUGGAACGACAUGGAGAAGAUAUGGAACUAUGUGUAUUCGAAAGACCAACUGUCCACAUUCCCUGAGGAGCAUCCUGUUUUGUUGACGGAGGCCCCAUUGAAUCCGAGACCAAACAGGGAGAAAGCCGCCGAGAUUUUAUUUGAGACGUUCAAUGUACCUGCCCUCUUUAUCUCUAUGCAAGCUGUGCUCAGCUUGUAUUCCACUGGUCGUACUACUGGUGUAGUUCUAGACUCAGGUGAUGGUGUUACUCAUUCUGUGCCUAUUUAUGAAGGAUUUGCUCUUCCACAUAGUAUUAUGAGGUCAGACAUAGCAGGUCGAGAUGUAACCAGAUAUUUAAGGUUACUUCUGCGGAAAGAAGGCAUCAUUUUCCGCACCACAGCUGAAUUUGAGUCAGUCAGGACGUUAAAGGAAAAAGCUUGUUAUUUGGCCAAUAACCCUGUUAAGGAGGAAUCUGCAGAACAUGAACAGAUCAAUUACACAUUACCUGAUGGUAGUGUUAUUAAAGUUGGGCCAGCGAGAUUCAGGGCACCAGAAAUAUUGUUUAAACCAGACCUAAUUGGUGAAGAAUUUGAAGGUCUGCAUGAGGUGCUUAUGGAUUCUAUUUUGAAAUCAGAUUUAGAUUUAAGGAAAGUGUUGUUUAAAAAUAUUGUGUUGUCUGGUGGUUCUACUUUAUUCAAGGGCUUUGGUGACCGUUUGCUUUCAGAAAUUAAGAAGUUGUCACCCAAAGAUGUGCAAAUAAAGAUAUCUGCUCCUCAAGAAAGGUUGUACUCCACGUGGAUAGGUGGUUCAAUUUUGGCCUCCUUAGACACUUUCAAAAAAAUGUGGGUCUCCAAAAGGGAGUAUGAUGAAGAAGGUCAAAGAGCAAUACAUAGGAAAACUUUUUAAUUAAAUUUAUAUUUUACUCUCAUAUAUGAUCCUGGCGAUUUUACAACAAAUAAAUCCUAUUUAUUAAACAAUGAAA